ACCACCACCACCAUCAUCUCAAUCAAUCACCAACACCGCAUAAUCACCUCUAAUAUUCGCAUUUAUUGAUCAUGACCAUCGAAGGACGAAGCGAUGAGCAAGACUUGUUGUCUGUGACAAGGGGUCUGGAAGACAUCACCCUCGGCAACAGUCUCAGCUCUAAGCUGGUUGACACGUCUACGGACAUGGCCACCAUGGUGGACAGCCUUGAUGGACUCCCAACGACACCGCCAUCGCUCUACAUCGACAUCGAAGGAGUCAAUCUUUCCAGACACGGGAGUGUGUCCAUUCUUCAACUCUUCGUUUUGCCAAAGCGUUGCAUCUACCUCAUUGACAUUCACACCCUCGGUGCGAAGGCUUUCUCCACUCCUGGAACGAAGGGGCGCACUCUCAGAGAAUUCCUGGAAUCCGAGGCUACUCCAAAGGUCUUUUUCGACGUCCGCAACGAUUCAGAUGCGUUGUAUCACCACUUCCAGAUCAAUCUGGCCGGUGUACAGGAUCUUCAGCUGAUGGAACUUGCAACGAGAGGCUUUUCCAAGAAGCAUGUCAAUGGCCUGUCAAAGUGUAUUGAAAGGGAUGCUGUCCUCAGUAUGAGCCAGUCAAUUGCUUGGAAAAGAGUCAAGGAACAGGGUGUCAAGCUCUUCGCACCUGAACGAGGUGGGAGCUAUCAAGUGUUCAAUGAGCAUCCCCUCUCCGAGGAGAUCAGGUCCUACUGCGUCCAAGAUGUCCAAUUUCUCCCUCAGUUAUGGGUACACUACAACACCAAACUCACAACGACAUGGGAGAAGAGAGUACGAGACGCUUCAAACGACAGGGUCAACUUGUCUCAGACAAAAGGAUAUAACGGCAAAGGACAACACAUGGCUUUGGCACCUGAGGGUUGGGCUUGGCGGUAA